AGGGAGGAGGGCGUAAUGCCCCAAAGCAGCUAGGGAAAGGAUUAAUGCGCCACAACUUUUCUGCCAGAACAGUCUUCAUCUCUCCAGGAUACUGCACCAUCAGAGGGCUCUUACCCUCAGAGCUCCACAGUCAAGAAAAUGCACAUCGAUCACAAUUCAUCAGACCACAAUGAAACACCAUGGUUUUAUGAAUGUAACCUUGACUUGGACAAUAACUCUCGGCGCAUUUGGCUCUUCCUGCUCUACCUGUUCCUGUUCAUGGUGGGUUUGGUCGAGAACUGCCUGGUGAUUUGGGUAAACUGGCGCAGGCGACACUCAGCCAGCGGUGUGCUCUUCUGUGUUAUCAACAUCGGCCUGUCUGACCUGAUGGUGGUUUUCACUAUGCCAUUCUUCAUGCUGGAAGUAGCAAUGGCCGAUGUUUGGGUUUGGGGUCGAUUCCUCUGCAAGGUGACGCACUUCAUCUACGUCAUCAACUUCUACAGCAGUUCCUUCUUCCUGGCCUUCAUGACUCUCGAGAGGUACCUUAUGGUAACGCGGCCAAACACACCCACAUGCUUCCCGCUGCAGCCCAGGCACCGGCGAUGGCUGCUGUGUGCCGGAGUGUGGCUUCUGUCCCUGGUGUUGGCACUGCUAGAAAAUGUACACAUAGACGUGCUUGAGUGGCAUGAACCCGGCUGCUAUAUGAUUCCUGAGAAAAAUCACAUCGAAUGGUUCGUCUCAGUAAGUUUCCUCUUCUUUAUCUUCCAGUUUUUGGGGCCUGCGUCUGUCAUCAUCACUUGUAAUAUACUGAUUGCGCGGACUGUUCGUGCCUCUCCGGAAGUGGAAAAUCGUAGGGAUCUUUGGCUCUUGCAUGUGUAUUCACUGGUCUUUGUGGUCUGCUGGCUUCCCUACCACAUUGUGAUGCUCCUGUUAACGGUGGAUGACUUGGAUCCAUACUUGAUGUCCUGCGACACUAUAGAUAUUGUGUACUUCUCCUUUGGUAUUGUACAGUGUAUCGCGUUGUUUCAUUGCAUUGCCAACCCCAUUCUCUAUAACUUCCUGAGCAAGAGCUUUCGUGCCAACCUCAUUAAUAAUAUUCUUUCACGCAUUUCCUCACCACCGUUCGGCAACAUAGCCAAUACAGCCGAUGGUGUGGGGAAGUCACAGCAGAAAGAGCGAAAGCUCAGCAAUGCCAGCACCAGUCACUCAGAGAUAGGAACCUAAGAAGGAAAGUUCCCAUCAAGUCAUAAUGAAGUCUUCUGAGAGAGCCAAAUUUGAGAAGAAUCAAAAAGUCCUCCAUACCUUUAAUUUUGUCUGAACACCUCCACAUAGCUAAGGGGUCUAUUUUAAAAUCAUAGAAUCAUCUCAUUUUUUUGGUCCCAGAUAAAUUAAUAACAGUUUCUCAGUGCAAGGACUGGUAGCCAUUAUGAAAGAACAUUUUACGACACUGAAUGGUUUGUUUUUAUUGUUUUCAAACACUAGAGCUGGAAGGAAGGAAUGAAUGAAUAAAUGCUUUUAUUGUCAUUGUAUUACGCAUACAACGCAAUUAGGAGCGCUACUCCUGAUUGGUGUAAGAAAAACAGACAUAUAAUCACAGCCAAUAAAAACAGACAUAUAAUCACAGAAAAUAAAAACAGACAUAUAAUCACAGACAAUAAAAACAAACAUAUAACCACAGACACUAACAAUACACCAAGUGAAAUUCACAUUAAAAAGUCUGAAUAAAUCGACCAUUUACGCAAUGGAGUCAACCGUCCAUGUAAAAAAAAGGUUAGGGGUUCCUGUUAGUAGUUUUAAAGCAGGAAGGGAAAUAUCUCCCUGCAUCCCACUCCACAGGAAGUGAUGGCAUUAUUACUGACGAACAAGCCACAUGCCACAGAAUAAAGGAAGCGCAGCAAUCAUACAUUUGCACAUGAUGAUCUGUACACUGGACAAAAUCAUUUACUUCUUGGCUUCACUGCUAAAACCUAUUGCUCUACAUUAUGUUUAUACAAGAACCUAUAUUUAAAACAGCAAUUAAAAAAAGUUUAUUGUUUUGUUGUGCUUUUUGUUCGGUUUUGUAUUGUUUUAAUAAAACUCAUUUCACAAAUUGUAAGAC